AUGGCAGACAAUUUGAUAACGCCAAAUUUAAGUAAUUUUGCUUCAACCUCAAGAUCCGUCUUUGCUUUGCUUCUCUGUCCAAUCCCCAAUCCAAUGGCCAACAAGAUCAUAAAAAAGACUUUGAAGACAAAGCUCGACAAAGCCAAAGGUUAUUGGCUCGACCUACUUCCAGAGGUCCUAUGGUCUUAUCGAACCACUUUUCACACUUCUACUGGAGAAACACCUUUCUUUAUUUCCUUCAGUACCGAAUUUGUUGUACCAGUAGAGAUCGACCAACCCUUCCACCAAACAUCAGCAUAUGAUGCCGAAGCAAAUGACGAGCAAUUGGUCAUGAACCUGGACCUCAUUACUAAGCUUCGUGAUCAGGCCCAAAUGAGCAAUUUUGCUUAUAAGUAG